AGGUGGAUCGACGUCGGUGAACAUCGAUUCUCAGGGCGAAUAUCGACUCUUAAUUUGGGCCGGGUACAUGGACGACAACACAGCUUUCAGAAGCUUCAAGAUGCGAGCCAACAAGCGAAAAAGAUCUCAGCAGGAUCAAUUUAGAAAAAAAGGGCCGAUGACUCACCUCAACAUACGUCCGCCAGCGCGAAAACUACACAGGCCACGGAAGAGGACAGUAGCGGAACAUGGCCGUCGCAGACAAAAGGCAUCCGAUCAUCCAUCAAAGCACGUCCAAACAAAAAAGUCUCCUCCACCAUUCUGAGCACAAAGCAUGCAACAAAGCAAGAAAGCCAAGAGGUCGCGCAAGUGAAGGCCGUGUACAACUUGGCCAAGGCCGCUAGGAAAUCAUGGCAAGUCUUCCUUCGAAGUAGCACUUGCACAUACCUUCUUGAAAAACUCGCAAAUCUACGACGACAGAGAUUUCGCGCGGCCUUCCCAGUCGGUCUCAAUGAUCCUCAUAUUCAGCGGUCAAUGCGAACGUUAACACCAUGAGCACUCACCUGUCCCCCUCAAUCCCCGUCUCCAUCGCCUGCUUCACCGCCGCCCAGAACCCCGCCACAUCAUU